GGGUUUUCUUUUUUAUUUGUUGGGUUUUCAAAGCUUUCACCUGCAAUAAAUAAAGAGCUGUACAAAGAAAUGAGGAAACAGUACAUCAGGAUGGCCAAAGUUUUUCCAUUGGUGUCAUUGACUGGAUGGAAGCCAAAUGCUCAUAUCUACAGAAAAAUAAUUGCUUCUAUAGAAAUUACAUGUGGAGCCAUUCUAGUUCUUAUACCAGGACCUUUGAAAGUUGCGGCCAAUAUAUUAAUGAUACUAGUCAACGCAAAUGAUGUUUUAGCACAUAGUCAAAUUAAAGACGGUCUACAAAGAAUGAGUCUACCAAUUGUAUUUAUGUUACUACUUACGUGCCGACUUUUAAUACAGUACCAGGAGAAUCGGCGAGAAAAGAAACUUCUCGAGGAAAAGCUACAAAAACAGAGUGAAAGUAACGGUCAGGAGCAAAAAACUACCGAAGAAACCUCACCGGAAGUGAAGAAAACACAAUAACAAAAUACAGCAUGUAGAAGAAUAUGAGCCGCAUCAAGACAAAACCAACAUAGUGGGUUUGCGACCAGUAUGGAUCCAGUCUGAUC